GAGGGGUUGAGCAGAGGCAGUAACCUCUAACCGAUAACAGUGCUCGAGGAUUUAAAGUUAGACCACCGUCAGCGUGCGGAACCAGUAGGGUAACGUGACCAGAGAAGGAUAGAAUGCUGUUCAGUCAAACCGGAGCACUGACCAAGGACAUUUUGAUUCAUUUUAUAACUUUUUGGAGCUAUUUGACCAAUUCAAACUUGAUUAAAAAAGAGUCAAAGAGCACACACAAACCAGCAUUUACCAGACAAAGAUCAGCAUCAAACUUCAUGCGGACGUGAGAAGAGAAGUGAUGAGGACAGUUUGGACAAGAUACCCAUGACAUAGUUGGAAUAAUAGACCCACGAAACAUUUUCUGACGUGUUAGUCAAAGGAUCCUUAGGGAAUCUUAUUUCCGUCUUACAGACGGGACUCCUGUCGAUUAUGGCGAAUACCUUGUUCAUCUGUUUCCCACUGGUUCUCCUGGCGGGACAUCUCCUCGUGGUUACCGGACAAGCCACCCGAACACCGGUUUCGCAAGACCCGCGCCCAGACGUCCAUCCGUCCGCCACCCAGAAACCAGUAUUCUCUGGUAGAGAGGACAGGUUCAACGCCAAUGUCUCCACUGCUCGGCGCAUGCGACCUUUGCCACCGAUGUGCUCGGGACCCACGGAGAUCAGAGACACAUUUAAGUACAUCAACACGGUAGUAUCAUGUCUCGUGUUUGUUGUCGGUAUUAUCGGGAACUCCACGCUCCUCAGAAUCAUUUACCGGAACAAGUGCAUGCGCAACGGGCCCAAUAUUCUCAUAGGGAGCCUGGCGCUGGGAGACCUGCUGCACAUUGUGAUUGAUAUUCCCAUUAACGUGUACAAGCUCCUAGCGGAGGACUGGCCAUUUGGUGUGGGUCUGUGCAAACUAGUGCCUUUUGUCCAGAAAGCUUCAGUGGGCAUUACUGUGCUGAGCCUGUGUGCUCUGAGCAUCGACAGGUACCGAGCAGUAGCGUCGUGGAACCGUAUCAAGGGGAUCGGUGUUCCCAAGUGGACGGCUAUAGAGAUCGCACUCAUCUGGCUGCUGUCUAUCCUGCUGGCUGUCCCUGAAGCUAUAGCCUUCGACAUGAUCGCCAUGGACUACAAAGGAGAGCACCUCCGCAUUUGUCUGCUACACCCCAUGCAGAAUUCAGACUUUAUGAGGUUCUACAAGUCAGCUAAGGACUGGUGGCUGUUCAGUGUGUAUUUCUGCCUCCCUCUGGCCGUCACCGCCGUCUUCUACACCCUGAUGACUUGUGAGAUGCUGAGGAAGAAGAACGGAGUCCAGAUCGCCCUGAGUGACCAUCUGAAACAGAGGCGUGAGGUGGCUAAGACCGUGUUCUGCCUGGUGCUGGUGUUUGCUCUGUGCUGGUUGCCUCUCCAUCUCAGCCGCAUCCUCAAGCUCACCAUCUAUGAUGAGAAAGACCCUAACCGCUGUGAACUGCUCAGUUUCUUCCUGGUGCUAGACUACAUCGGGAUCAACAUGGCGUCUCUUAACUCCUGCAUCAACCCCAUCGCUCUCUACAUGGUCAGCAAGCGUUUCAAGAUCUGCUUCAGGUCAUGUCUGUGUUGCUGGUGUCUGCCAGCUGAGAUGUUGAUGGAUGAGAAACAGUCCUGUAUGAAGCUCAAAGUCUCAGACCGGGCCUCCGACCAGAGCAACUCACGAGCUACUAACAAGUACACUUCAGCAUGAGAGGGGCCCUGCGCAGUGCAGAGAAGUACUCAACGAAGUAACCUAUGAUCUACCUUAAAGGACUAAUUGAAGAUCAGUCAUAUAAACCUGAUUCUGACUUAAACCAUUAUGACAAGGUCAUAAGAAGUGCCCUUAUUCAGGUAUAGUUGAUGUAGUUUAAAACCACUUGGAGAAAAGAAGUGCUCUAAUCCAGUAAAGUCUCCUCUGACUGGAGGGUGAAGUACUCAAGUGCACUUUGAGUGUUGCCUAUGAAAGUGAAUGGUCUGGGAUGUGUAGCUGGGAGAGGGUUGAUGGGAAGCAGGAUCAUUGGGGGAAGGAGGAGUGGAUGGAAGUUUAGUGCAGACAAUCAAAUAUCAGUAUUAUUGAUAAUGAAUGGCACAACAUCGGGUGGUCAUAUUGUAGAGAAAUGACAUUGCCGGGUGUGGCUGUUCCUGAUUAGAACCUCUAUAUGAAUGUUCAUAAGAUACAUGACAUAAGCCAAACCCAAAGAGGCAUCAUAGUGCAAAUGCCUGACUUGAGACAUACGGAACAUUAUAUGAACAUUGCAAGUAGGUUGUAAAAACGUUAAUUAUACAGUAUAAUAUCUGAACAUAUCCCAUAUACUACUCAGACUUAUAUACUCCCAUAUACUACUUAGACUUAAUUCAUUUUUAUACCUUUGUUAAAUUGCUUUUACACUGUUUGAUAUUGUUACCAGUGGAGGCUGCUGAGGGGAGGACGGCUCAUAAUAAUGUCUGGAACGGAGUGAAUGGAAUGAUAUCAAACACCUGGAAACCUUGUGUCUGAUGUAUUGUUGGAAUGGUAUCAAAAUCUUCUCCAGCCCUUACCACGAGCCCGUCCUCUCCAAUUAAGGUGCCACCAACCUCCUGUGAUUGUUACCAUUAGCAUUUAUGUGAUUUUAGCUGGAUAGUUAGCUAUAGCAUCUUUGAAUGUUUGAUUGUGUGUUCUGUGUUUGGUAGGCGUUCAGCUGUUUCUCAUUAAACUACUGAUCUAAUUGGGUUGGACAAUAUGUGAAUAAAUCAUAAAUGGCAGCACAUUCCUAAAGUUCUCGCAAUAACUUUCUGGCUUUACUUUCAAAAUGUGUUUCAAAAACAGUUCAGUGUUUGUCUCAAAUAUGAUCAUUUUAGUAUUCUAUAGCUUUGUGGACUGCCACCCAAUUGUAAAAAACGAUUGAUUUUAUUAUGCUUUAAUAGCGAUCAUGACAAGCCAAAAGGACUUUCGCCGCUUAUUGGGGAGUCGGAUGAGAGGGAGGGGAAAGGAUAUAUUUGAAGUUUUUCUCUCCAUAUGCCUUGUGGUUUUUUGCCAAGGGAUUGUGAUGGUGUGUUAUUGAAUACGGAGCGCUAUAUUGAUGUUGUUGUAUAUCCUGUACAUACAGUAGCUGUCCUGUGAGUGUAUGGUUGUGAUGAUGCGCCUGUCAAAGGUUGUGUGGUUUAUAUUUUCCCAAAAAUGUUACAAAAUAAAAACAUUUACAUUUAAUU